GCCCCACUAUAAAUAUCUUUUUGUGGAUAUAUAUUUAUAUGCCAUCGUUUUAGGGUUCUUUAAAAAUUAUAUAAAAAAAAACAGAUAAAGUCUCAAUUUUUGAAUGAAAAACACAAACUUUAUCAACACCCAGAUGACAAAAUAAAGAGAAAAACAAGGAAGUUCCUUUAAAGUUUUACUUUUGACAACCUUAAAAGAGCAAUCUGAAGUUCUGAACAUGAAAUUCUGUCAAGUGGGGUUUUAAGGCCUGUGUGGUUUCGUUUCGUUUCGUUUUGUUUUUUCUUAGAAGGGUUUGUGCCUUUUAGUUAUUUUUUGAGUUUAAGAGUAUGGCAUCAUCACAUAGUACACCCACUGAGGCUGCAAAAAUGGAACAAAUUAUCACCGAGUUUUUUCCUAAAAGUCUUCAAAUUAUACUUGAGUCUAGGUCUCCUUUCAUGUCAUCACGUAAUUUUAGUGGUGAACAAAUGGUAUCCUCGUCUCCGUCCUCGUCUUUAUCAUCCUCCUCGAGUGUGAUGCCGAGAGAUAAAUGGUUCAAUUUAGCCCUUAGGGAAUGCCCAGCUGCGCUUGAUCUUUGGCGCCAAAGCUACUUAGAACCGAUGAUUGUUGAUGUGAUUUUGGUGCAGAGGCCACCAGGUCGGUGGGAUCCUGUGAAUUAUUCCCCCAAAAGGGAGAUUGUUAGGAAUUUUUUGUCGAAGGAUCAGAGUCCAUUUUAUUGGAAUUCUGAUCAGGAAGACUUGGGGUGUGAGGGUAAGAAUGAAAAGAUUUUAGAGAGGUGGGUGGUGCAGUAUGAGGGUCGGAAGUCAAGGGAUACUGGUUCUGGGAGUAGGAGACUUAGCAAUACCUUGCAAAUAUGUUAUAAGAAAUCGAUACUACUUCUGAGGUCCUUGUAUGCAACUGUUAGACUUUUACCUGCUUAUAAGAUUUUCCGUGACCUCAAUUCAUGUGGGCAAAUUCCUUCAUAUACACUUACACAUAGGAUGUCUUCCUUUGUUGAGCCCUUCACACGCAAAGAAGAUUCUGAAAUGCAGCGAUUUGUAUUCACCCCUGUGGAUACUUCCUGUGGCAGGCUUUGCCUUUCAGUGCUGUAUCGCUCAUCAUUAUCAGAUGUCAGCUCUGAGUCAUCAACUCCUAUGUCCUCCUCCCAAUUUAUCCCUGAUUAUGUUGGUAGCCCAUUGGCAGAACCACUGAAGAGAUUCCCCUCUCUUCCUGUGUCACAUGGUUCUCCAUCAUCUUUGCCCUUCUCAAGACGGCAUAGUUGGAGUUAUGACCUUAAUAAAGCCUCGCCACCUUCAUUUUGUUUCUCACCAUCACCUACUUAUUUAGAAAAACAUGGAUCAAUUUCUAAUCCAAGUUCCUGCCGAUUCCAACCUAUGAGCUUGCCUCCUCAUCCACCUGAAGUGCCUUUAGCUCAUAAGAAGAAUACGAGCUUUGAUGAAUAUUAUCCUUCUCCAAACUAUACACCAUCUCCAUCCCCAUCACCACCAAUCUAUAUUCCUGGGAGUCAUGUUUCCAAGGCUCUUUUACGAUCUGAAAGUGCACCUGUUAGCAUACCUGCUGUCAAGCAUGCUAGUUCUCCCCUGUUGUCCAACAAGCAAAACUUGCCCCCAUCACCACCACUCAAAGCUACCAGAUCUGGUAAUCCGAAGACUGAUAGAAGUACAGGUUUGGUUCACGCUGGUGCAACAGUUGAGAAGUUUUUCUCUCUCGGGAAAGAUGACAUUAGAAAAUAUUCCAGCGUGAAAACAUCGUCCAACAGCUCUCCACAGAUUUCAUUGUCCAGAACUUCCAGUAGGUCAUAUCAGGAUGAUUUUGAUGAUUCUGAGUUUCCUUGCGCUUUCUUUGAUGUGGAGUAUGAUGAUGUGAUGGAUCCAGGUCGAAGGAUUACCAGUCAAAGUUUAUGGGACUAUUUGUUUUUGGAAGAAACUCAGCAUUUAACUAGUUCUCAUUCAGGCCCGAGUCCUUUGAUAAAAAAGGCCACCAAUCUGACCCGCUUGAGCCUGGAGGUCUCUUUCCAGUUAAAAAAUCCCAAGAUGCAGCUGUUGGUGCUCUUGUACGCAUGCUGAAGAAAGCCCCACCUUUAUGCCAGGAUUUCUCUGGUUCAGUUGAUUUGCCACCAGACUCCAGGUCCAAAACAUGGAGCAGCAACCUCCAAGAAUGCAAUCCAAUCUCUGGUGCAUCCUUAGGUCCGCAGGCUGCUGCUUCAGGUGUUGCGUCUUCUGGACCUGUUGCAUCAAAGACAACAGCUGAUGCAUUUGAAGAACUCCAGGGCUACAGAGAGAUGAAGAAAGACUUGUUGCUUAGCCAAGCUGGCAGGUCCAACACUUCAGCUAAUUGUGCUCCAAUGUCAAAACCUACAAGCAGCAGUGGAACUGGACAUUGAGCUCAUUUUUAUAAUUGCGCAUCUGUACAGAAUCCUGGUUUAAGAGGUGAUUUCAUGGUUUAUAGGUUAAUGCUUUCUUAGCGCCCAUCUUCUUGUGCAUACACGAGGCGAUAUGAGAUGAUGAUGAUAACUGAAGUUAAUGUAAUAACAGAAUCUGUCUUUUACCUCUUUUUUUUUUUUGCACGCUUUUAAUUCUGUAUAUAAAUGCAAUGUCAGCACUUGGGAUGCUGUUCUUGUACAUGUGUAAAAAUAUUGAGCGUGCUUGGCUCCUAUGCCAUGCUGCAGUGAUGUAUUUUUCUAUUUUUUUGCGCUUUA